AUGGGCUUUAAAGAGGAAGGAGGUCUUGGCAGAUAUGGACAAGGAAGAUCUGACAUUAUUGAGACUUCUCAACAGCGUGGAAGGCGUGGUCUGGGUUUCAGGGUUGAAGGCUUUGAUGACAAAGAUUUUUCAUGGGAAGAGGAAGAGGAAGUAAGAAUUCUUGUUUUAAUUUUAACUUUCAAUUAAUACAUCUUAUUUGCUUUAAGCACCACAGUGUAUAAUCCACACUUGUCACAUGAAUCAUAUUGUAUUGUUAUCUUAUCUUGGAUUUUUUGUUUUCAUUUGUUAUUAUUAUUCUUAUGAUUUUAUUAUUAUCAAUUGUUAUUUUUUUAUUAAUGUUUUUUCUGCUAGGUAGUCAUAGUAGAGCACAGGACAUGCAUUCCAUCAUGUCCCAGACCUCCACCAACAAGAGAAGAGAUGGAGGACUGGGUUGGAGUUAGUAAGGUAAAAUUAUGAAGUUGGGCAAUGUCUUCUCAUUACAGCAAAAUUAGAUAAAUUCUUGGAGACUGAUUUUUGUAGCAGGGGUUUCUUUAGAGAUGGCUUUGAAUGCUAGUUACAGGUAAAAAGGUAAUUUCUAUUUAAUUGAAAUGAUUUAAAUGGAAUACUCCUUUUCUUCUAAAUAUUCAUAAUUACUAGCCAAAAAAAAUUUGAGUGAAAUGAUUACAGGAAAACAAAUUGCAUAUUUUUCCAGCUACCCAAGAUAUAGUGAAGAACAUUAUGUUAAAUUAUUUGAAUUAUUAAUUGUUUACUGAGUAUACAAUUGAACAUUAAAUGUGUUGUACCCAAUUUCUAGAAAAAAUUGUUUAUUGAUGAUGAAACAGAAUUCUGCAGUGAGGAGGUUCUAUCAGAGGUUCUCAAGAGCAAGGUAGAGUUUCCUAGAUAUUUUCCAGUAUUAAGAAAAAUCUUUUGUUUAGUUCUCUCUUGAUUUUGACUUCUGUUCAGAUUUUUAAAUUGAGAGGCAGUAACUGAAAUAGUGCUUUCUGGAAGUCAUCAACAGAGUCAAGUGGCUGACUUUUGGACAAUCUGAGCAGAAGUCAUUAUUAGAGUCAAGUAACUGACCUCUUGACAACCUGAGUGGAAAUUAUCUUCAGAGUCAAGUGACUGACCUUUCGACCUUUCAACAACCUGAGUGAAAAUCAUCAUCAGAGUCAAGUGACUGACUUUUUGACAAUCUGAGUGACAGUCAUCAUGAGAGUCAAGUGAUUGUCAUGAUGAUUUCCACUCAGGUUGUUGAAAUGUCAGUUACAACUGCUGAUAACAUCUCAGGACUGCACUGUGCUGGACAAUGAAACUACACUUUCACAUGUUACCCAAUGGUUUGACAAUUUACGAUUUAUAAUGUCAUUAAAUCCUGUUUACAGACUGUUUUCGAUGCUCUUAGUGGAGAUGAGUUCCUCAAAGCAAGAACACGAGCCAAUCCAUAUGAGUUUAUCAGAGGGGCUGUCUUUCAAAACAGGUAACACAAAGAAGACUGCUCUAAUGUCAUGGGUCAGUGGGAUUAAUGUCAGUAUCUAAGCAACUGGGCACUCACCCCUCCCUUAACCUAAUACUAAGCCUAACUUGUAGGGGUUGGUGUGUAGUUGCUUGAAUACUGACAUUGAUUCCUGGAUUCCCUAAAUGUGAAAGCUAAUUCUCUUACCUAGUGAUGACUGCAUUUCCUGGUGGUAUAGUUCAGAGAAUUAAGCGUCACAUCAGAGCAUCCUCUUCAUGAUUAUUUUGGCAAUUCUCGUGACCUUCUUUGUCAAUAAGGUAUUAAAAUAUAGUGAGAGUGUAUGUGCUGAUCACUUUUGGCAUCAAUGGUAGAUGAAGCCUGUCAUUUUCAGAAUUUCUGUCAAUGAUGUGUUAUUUUCCUUAUUAACAGGGCGGCAAUGAAAAUGGCGAACAUGGACUCUGCUUUUGAUUUCAUGUUUACCAACCCGAAGAAUGACAGAGGAGUAAGUAAUGAAACAUGUUACACCCUUUGAUUCUGUAAUUAACCCAAGGGCUCUUAAUCCCUUAUACCCCAGCAUCAGUAAGCAUAUUCUCCAUACUGUUCUCUAAACAUUUCCUGAGGUGCUGACAAGGAGAUUUUGUUUACUGAAUAAAGCUUUUUUGUUGGUAAUCAUUUCCUUCAUUCUCAUGACCUUAAUGUGUGAUUCAGGGGUGAUAUUGUAGGGAGAAAUUAGACGCCAGUCACUGUUAGGGUUUCAAAGGUUAAUCCCCUCUCCUUGGGGGGGAGAAUAGUUACAUCAGAAUGAACAACUUUAGCUUGUCUAGGAAGAGGGUUUUUCUGGCAGCCUGUAAAAUUCAUAAACUUGCCCGACUUUGGAUUGCUUUCAUACAUUAACCCUUAACUCCCAUGAGUGACCAAGACAAAACUUCUCCUUACAAUAUCAACACAAUAUCAAGUGGAAAAGUGAUGAGAAUAAAGUAGAAUAUAAUCUAGGGGACUUUAAGUUGAUCCAAUGCUAAAUUCUCCCAAUAAUAUCAAAAGAAUGUAUGACAGACAGUGAGAAGAAUUACCAAUUAGAUCUUUGGAGUGAGAUGCUGAAGCAUUUCCUGUUUCAAUGUUUCAUUUUGUUUUUGUGUUCAGAAGCCUGGCACUCAAUUAACCCUUCAUACCCUAACAUCAGAAGGCAUAUUCUCCAUUCUGUUCUCUAUACAUUUCCUAAGGUUCUGACAGGGAGAAAUUGUUUAAGAAUCAAGAGCUUAGUUGAUGAUCAUUUCCUUUAUUCUUCUGACUUAAGUGUUUGAUUAAGGGGCAGAACUGUAACUCUGACAUUAUUUUUCAAUUUUUAUUGUAGAGGGAUGUGGUUGGACCAAAUGAUUUAUUAUACUUUGCGGAUAUUUGUGCCGGACCUGGUGGUUUUUCAGAGUAUGUUCUGUGGCGAAAGGGCUGGCAAGCUAAAGGAUUUGGCUUCACUUUAAGAGGUACUGACAGGUCUUCUUGCCAAGGCCUGUUGACUACUUUUUAGUUAAAAAUGAUAAGAAAUGUUGAAAUUAAUUGUGGUGGAUCAUUCUGCUUAUCGAAGAAAUGUAAGUUAUUGGGCAAGUAUAAAUCUACCAGUGUUGAACUUCUGUCACUAAUAUUAAAUGUUGCAGUCUGAUUGGCUACAAUACUUGCAAUAUCUAGAUCUAAUCCGUAAUAGACAUUGAACAAAGUGAACAGCCUGCCAGUGUGAGAUUGUGAAUAAAAUAAUACAAAAAAGCAUCAGCAUGUCUGGAUGUGAUCUUUUUUUUUCUUGAUCUCUAGCUGUGAUAGUUGGUUAGGGCUUUCUCCUCAACCAUAACACAGUAGAAAUCUUUCACAUAAUCUGAUUGUUCAAUAUGACUGGAUGCUUACAUAAUUGCCACAUUAUAAUUCUAAUUUUCAUUCAUCCAUCAUUAUUUACAUCACACUUUUCCUUCAAAGGUGACAAUGAUUUUAAGCUUGAAGAGUUCUUAGCUGGAACGCCAGAAACAUUUGAGCCACAUUAUGGUAAGAGGAAAAAUUUUGAGAUUGAAGUAAUGUUUCUCUCUCAUGGGGAAGAGUCUCCCAGUAUUUGAAGUUAAUUUUGAAUAUAAAAUUUUUUGCAUACUGAAUAAUUUGAAUGUACUUUAGGAGCAAAUGAUGAUGGAGACAUCUUCAAUGAAGAUAAUCUGAUUGAGUUCAGAAGAUUUGUGAUGGAGUCAACUGAUAACAAAGGAGUUCAUUUUGUGAUGGCAGAUGGUGUAAGUUAAUUUCAGAACAGAUUGUUUUGACAAUUUCAUGUUGAUAUCAACCUGGAUCUUUGUGCAACUGAUACUUAUAAAUACAUAUGGCACAGUGUUAACCCUUUAGCUCCCAAGAUCUCAUUAGUAAAUCUCCUUACUGUGUCCCAUACAAUUCAUAUGAAGUUAGUUUGGAGAAUUUGGAAUUGGAUCAAUAUAUAAUCCCCUAAUUGAUGUUUUCCUUUAUUCUCAUUACUUGUCUGCUUGAUAUCGUACUGAUAGUGUAAGGAGAAAUUCUUUCUAAGUCACCAGUGGGACUUAAAGGGUUAAACAGCCAUUUUUCAUGCUUCUUACUAACUGAGUUGAAGGUCUGUACCAUAAGUUACAAAAAGACUUUUUAUGCUCAGAUUUAUGGCCUAAGCAUGAAGUGUGCAGGCCAUAAAUCCGAGUGGGAAAAGACAAGGUUCCAUACAAACAAUAUUUAAUCUCUGAUUUCAAUCAGAGGGGGAAAAUUCUAAUUCAAACAAACUUUAUAAUACAGUGGGCCAUAUUGAGAUAUAUAUCCAGAAAAAUCAACAGUCAUACCAUACAUUAGACAGAUAAUGAUUCACUCAACAAGCUCAAAUUUUUCCAUUUUUUUACUUUAUCACUGCUCUGAGUACUUUGGAUACUGCUGGUUUGAGCAUGCAUGAUUCUCCACACAUAAGAUCCUUCUAAUAAUAGUAGCAUGCUUACAAAUUCUCUGCAGCUCUAUUGACAUCUAGUCUUUUCCUACAAAACUGGAAUGUUUGAAGCUCAAAAUUACAAGGAACUCAAGCCUUUUUCUUCUCCUCAACUUGUGACCAAUUUUUAACACACACUCUCUUCAUUCAUGUAAGAUUACUCUUUUUUUGUUGGCAGGGUUUCUCUGUGGAAGGGCAGGAAAAUAUACAAGAGAUUCUCAGCAAACAGUUGUAUUUAUGCCAAUUCCUUUGUGCAAUAUCUAUACUAAGACAAGGUAAGGAAUCUUUAUUCCUAAUUCAUUGAACAUGGCGGUCAAUUUUUCAGAGAGUGGCUUAAACGGAUUUUACAAUGAAACAGCUCUAAUUUUGUCAUACCCUCUCUGAUUUUAAGGAGGCCACUUUGUCUGCAAGUUGUUUGGCGUGUUCACUGCGUUCAGUGUUGGUCUUGUGUACCUAAUGUACCGAGCAUUUGAUGAGGUAUAUGUCUUCAAACCUGUAACCAGCAGACCAGCUAACUCAGAGAGGUAUGUGUUCAAAUAAACAACAAGCAGUUCCUCCUUUCCCAGUCAUUAAUGCUUUGCUAGCAUUCCAUUUUUUAAAAUUUUUUGUGCAGCUGUCGUUGUUCUACAUAAAGGGGUUUUAUUCAAGGUUUUUCUGGUUUCUGACACAAAUUAAAUCUGGAUUCAGUGGACGAGGUGAAUGUUAUUCAAUGUGACUUUAACUUCUUAGAACCUUUCUUAAAGAACUAUGUGACAAACAGUAGUGAGAAUUGAUAUUUUGAACUGGUUUACUUAAAGAAUGUAAUAUUUCCUUCAUAUAGAUAUCUUGUAUGCAAAGGUCUUCGUGGAAACAUUGAAGCUGUUCAUGAGCACAUGUUUAAUGUGAAUGUCAGAAUUAAUAAAUUAAAAGCUGGAGCUGUGGAGGAUGUAAAUGAGGUUUGCUAUUCAGUUUAAUGUUACUGUUUUGAAAAUACAGUACUGCUUGGAUAUACGUUAAGCAAUAAAAAUGCACAUAAAACGUGCCAAAAAUUGCAUGCUAGUGCAAACAAUAAAAAAUGUGCAUGUCAAAAAAAUCACACAUGCGUGCAUAAGCUUCAUACAUCUACCUAAUUAGUAUGUAAGAGUUAGGCCUUUUGUUUUUUUAUUGUGGAUGGUUUAUCAUUUUAAAGAAUAGGAUGUAACUUUAACUAAUGUGUUAGGGGUUCGUAACUUACUCUAUGAACCAAAAACAUGAGAAUUAUCAUAUGAUGAAAUAUUUAUUUUUAAUAAUGUGCCCACUAUGACUGACGCACAUUGAAAGGAGAACAAGUAAGUUAGAGAUCAACUUUUACUUCAGAUGUAAGCACUUUUUGCUGUAAUGCGCAAUAUAAAGAAAAGAGAAGAAUUUUUAUUUUCUGGAGCAAGUUGAGAACUUGAUCAGCUGUAAAAUAGGAUUUUAGCAACAAGAAAAACACUAAAUUUUGGCCAGUCAUGUACAGUAGUAGAGUAUGGUCCACUAAAUUCACCAAAGAAAGCCUUGUACAGUGGGAGAUAAAACAAUAUUAAGUGUUGAUAACUUGUGCUAAAAAGGGAAAUGAACUUCAAGUGUUAUUAUUUGGCUUUUCAGAUUGUCCCAUUGCAUAUCCUGAAGGAAGAUGAAGAGUUCUUGUCAUAUAUGAUUGAAUCAAAUGAAAGGUAUGUGGAACUUGCCUUUACCUUUGACAUCUCAAUGAAACAUGAAUACAAUACUGUGACAUGAACUGCUUGGAAAACAAACAACAUUUUUGUGUUGUACUCUCUGAUUUGUUUUAGAAUUGGAAGGCAACAAUUCAAUGCACUGAAGAAACUAAGAGGUUAUGUCCAGGAUACGUAAGUUUUGAACCUUUGAUUUUAUUUCCCUCAUAAUGAUACAGGAGGUUCUUAAUUCUUAGAAAAGGAAAAAAAAUGUCACUAAUGGGCUACAAGUACAUGUUGGGAAUGUGUCCUGUAGCAAAGUUAAGUUUCUCAAGUCACAAUGCACAAGUUUUUAAACAUGAAUGUAUAUAAUGUAUACAAACUCACCAUGAACAGGAUAUGCUUGAUUGUACUCAGUUGUACAAAUCUGUCUAUCAAAAUCUUAACUUUGUUUGGCUCCAAUCUCCAACAUCCUAUCAUUUUGGUGGAUCCAGAGGUGGUAGGGGGGGGGGGGCUGCAGGUUCUGGACCCCCCUUCCUUCCCAUCAAUCAUGUGGGUUUGUUCCUUACCUGAGACCAAAAUUUGUGGACUAGGAUUGUGGAUUUUUAAUUGUUCCUUGUUUCAGUAUGUAACUGAGUUUGCUUCUUAGGACGUUGAUGGGUCCUUAUGACCAAGGGGAUGUCAAGAAAAAGUGUUUAAAGCAGUGGAAGGUAAGAGAACUUGUUUUAUUACAGAAGGAGAACUGCUAUGAUGCAAAAAUCUUCCCUCCUUUGAAACCCCAUGGAAAAUUGUCCUAAGGUACAAGAGCCACUUAUUGCCCAUCUUUUACUUUUGAAGAGGUGCUUUAAAACUAUUAAGUGUCUUGCCAUGAACACAACAGAGUCUCUUGUAGCCACCUGUCGCCUGUAGCUCUGAUUCUCCUCCACUGUCAAUCAUCACCCAUCACUCGUCCUGACUCUCUCUUUCCUUCUCCUGAAUCCCCUACCUACAAAACUUCCUAGUGCAUCCAUAGCUUUUUCCAUACAGUAAUCCCCAACCAGUAAAUAAGGUAUAUGUUUUUUGCAAUCAUUUUCAGGUUCCUGAGCAAGCCAGCAAGAGCUCAAAGGACGCCAGAUCCUGACCUUAAAUUUGAUGAGCUUUGGAAGGUAUUUAGAUUUGUUUUUACAUGAGGACCUGCUGAUUAAUUUUGUUCAAUUUUUCAUAUCAUUCACCAAAUUAGUUUUCCUUUUUUCUAGGGAAAUGAUGAUGAUCAUUGCUUUGACUCUGAAGCUACAGUGUUAACUUCAAGGAACAUCCAAAACCUUAAGUGUCUGUACAACUACAAGUGCUUUGUGUCAGGAGGGGGAAGGUUCUUUCUUAUGGGCCUUGGGGUAAGUGUCAUGUGGGGAAUGUUAUGCACCCAUUUGCCAUCACCCUGUCAUGUGAGCAUGUCACCAGUGGGCACUUUGAGCGUGCCUUUUUUUCAUAGUCUAUUUGCCAAGAGGUCACAGUUAUUUCCUCAAUAACUCACUUAAAAUUUUCCUUUUUUGACAAAAAUAUUAGUAUAUCAUUUUAUUUAAGAAUGAAAGCAUUUUUUCAUUCUGAUUUUUAACCACAAAGAAAACAAGCUAAAGAUGUGAUGUAUGAAAGAUAAUUUUUAAUAAUAUUGAGAUGAAACAUGGUUGAGAGUUUAUGGGAAAUCUUGUUGAUAUAAAAAGGUGUGUGAAAGAGGAAAAAUGCUUAGUCAGAAGUGAUCAAAAUGUUGCUCUUGUUUACAACUUCAGAAAGUUAUUUAAUAAACAGAAGAUGAGUUGGGAGUGUUAUCUUGAUCUAGCACCAAAUUCUCUCAACUAAUUUGCAAGGAAAUUUACAGUACCUUGAAAGGAGAAUUAGGACUUAGAUCUCAGAUACCAGGUUUAUGUUGAUAGUAAUGAAGGAACAAGUUUUAAAUUCCUCAGUUUUCCUUCUUAUGACCAGAUAUUCUCAUAGUUUCUGUGAUAAUUUUUUUCUGAUGAUUUUGUUUGGUUCUAGCGAGGUAACAUCUACAAAUGGAAUGGCAAGCCAAACUUUGGUAGCUCAACCAGGUGGCACAAACUGGAGAAUUUUCAGCUCGAACUUCCUCGGGAUACUCUGAUUGAGGUGGAAAUAGUGCAAGAGCUUCGUGGAGAAGUAAGUAUUGACAAAAAAAAUUUCAGGAAAAAUGUUCACAUUGAGAAGGUUGUUUUUGUUAUUCUUAUUUUUAUUUUUGGGUUAAUAAAGAGCAAUAUUAUGUCCUAAACUAAUAAGUAGAUCCUUUUCCUUCCCCCCCCACCCUCUUGAAAGGGACUUAAAUUUAACUGUUCUGUUGUGAAAUGAAGGCUACUUUUCAGCUAAUGUCACACAACACUUUGCUCCGGAGAAGUGUUGCAUGACAAGCUAAGUGAUAAGCUAGUGUGUGGAAAGGUACAUUUUAACAGAGGUGUUUGAUACCAGAGAAUUCAGGUGUGGGUGCUUUUAUCUCCUGUUAUAAGGGCAAAGGACAGAGAAGAUCUGCAGCAGUUCAUAUUGUGGAUGCUGUCAUUCUUGGAGGUAAAGAUGUGAGGAGUAAACACUAUCACGAGAGGUACAGUGUGAAUUCUGAUGCUUAAGAAAAAAUGAAUUUUGAUUAAACUUUGCCUUUUGUUUUUCUGAUUUCUUUUGAGAGAGAAUUUGGGCAAGCAUGUGCGUUACUUGCAUUACACAAGGUUCUUUUUUUAAAGGUUUGUUGGGUAAUUAGUAAUGAAGAUUGGUGAGUUUGUUGAUGACUUGUUGUUUGCUUUGGUUUGUAGAAUGGCUAUGGCGGGUUUACUUAUAAAAGCUGUCACCAAACCGACAUGCCCAGCAAUGGUUCCUCUCAGGUAAACAUUCAAUUGACAUAUUAACAGGUAACUGAGGUCGUGAAAUGAUAGUUGAAGAUGACACAGAUAUCAUAUUCCACUCACAAACUUCAAGACCAAAAAUCAAUAAAUGGUAGGUUCAAAUGUUCAACAGAUGAACCAAAGAACUGAUCACCCACAGAUUACAAAUCAACUGAACAACCGAUCACUUGAUCAACCAACUAAAACACAAUAAAUCAAGUACAGAGACAAGUGACAGCCAGUCAACCAGGCAUUGACCACCAAGCUGAAAGACUGAUGGCCUUACUGAACACCCAACCUACUGAAAAACAACUAACCAACCUGAUGAUGAAUUUACUGCUAUAAUUCAAUCAAAUAUGAGAGUAACUGUGGACUAAAGAAGCAAGUGAAAAUCUUCUUACUUGUAGAAGUCUUGAAAUGCACAGUGAAAGAAGUAGAAAAAAUAUAUUAUCUAGCUGUACAGUAUGACUAUCACCAUCAGUGUAAAACACAAAAUUAUGAAGUUUACUGAUCUAAUUUUCAAAUGUUCUUUCAGGCUCAAACAAGUUUUUCGUGUUGACAAUAGUUCGCUUAAAGAAAUAUUCUCAAAGUAAGUUUCCUCACAAAUGUUAAUGACCAAACUCACAUGACCUUACAUUUUUAUAGUGCAGAUAAUGCAGAAUGAUGAAGUAGUUUUGAAUUGAAGAGAAGCUUCUGAAAGAGGCAUUAUGUACUUUUUGAAACAUUUUCUACUUAGAUUUACACUUAUUGUAGGACUAACUUUCACCUCCCACCGCAUGGUUGGCUGUUUUUGCUGUUUGGUGAUGCUCUUGUACCUAGACACUAACCAUGCUCACCUCUUGGACCCUUGCAGUUUGCUGGCUUGUGGUUCAACUUGAGACAAUCGCAUCCCUUAUGUUAAGGGAAACUUACAUUCUUUCUUUUUCACUUUCAAUUCAGGAUUGAGAUGAAAAUUGUCAAAGGAAUGGGUAGAGAACCAAGGGAGUGCUUUUUGCUGGAAGAUGGACGACACCUUGUCCCCAAAGGAAUUUUCUUUAUUAAACGUAUUCAAGGUAAGCAAUCAUCAUUCUGUUUCAAUCUAAAUCCAUCACAGGCCCACUUCCAUCUCAAACUAUACAAGUCACAUGUGGCACUUCACUUCCACCACUAUACCUCAGCACUUCUGGAAAACUCCACUUCUGCCACAAGACUUUUCCUCCUCACAGAAUUUCUCUAGACUAUGCACAGCCCCUCCUUUUCAGCAAAAUCUGUCGUGCACCUUGUGGAACUCUGGGAGUGAGGUGCACAAAAAGUCGGUAUUGAAUCCCGCCUCCACUAUGAAACAAAUGCACUAUUGAAUUUUUUUUUUAUCUACAGAACCUUGGACUUAUGCUCACAGUCGCUCUGCUAAGCAGUUAUAUUUUUACAACAAAGACACUCAUGAGUCCACGUUUGAAAUUCCCAGAGAUUCAGUGGCUUCUUUCAAGUAAGUGAACCUCAGAUAUAAGAGCUGUCUUCAGUUUAUUUAGCAUAAAUUGUCUGGUAAGCAGAAACACUCUUAGCUAUGUUGGUUAUCUGAAAGUCUGUCACUAACUAAUUUUGGUUUUGCUUUGAAAUUUGGUUAGAUUACAUAAAAGCAGAUGCAACUUUUUCAACUAAUGAGAUUUUAAACCUAAACUAGAUGCAAUACUUGGUCAUACUCUUUUUUCCCACUAAUAGUGUAGAUGACAUCUGCUGACUUUGCAUUUUGAUUGGUUCAGUGUAGUGAGAUACUCUUGUGGCUUACUCACUGCCUGCAAUGCAGGGUUACAUUUAAGUUUGAUUGAAAAUAACUGGAAAUUUCUUUUUGUUAAAAAUGCAGAUCAUCACUUGGCACACGGUAUUACUGGCCAUGGGAAGAUGUGGAUUUAAGUCAUGAUGAAGGACCAAGAAUGGAAAGAAAUAACCUCAUUGAAUUCUUCACUGCCGCACAAAAUGAAUUUAUCCAUGGUCCUCCUAGAAAAUAA